AUCUGUGUGCCUUAGUAAUCAGUCAGAAUAUUAUCACGUAUUCAAUAAUGUUAAACUUUCUCAAUGUUCAAAUGCCGCCACGUAGGGAACCCGAUUAUCCGGCUCCUACUCAGGCCACCGUAGUCGCACAGUUCCGCGACUAUCACGUUGAAAAAUUCUCAGGGCAGGGAGAUCCCCGCAUUGUAGACGAAUGGAUUCAGGGCCUGGAGUUUAUCUUCGAGCUAGCCCGCGAGAAGUACUACCCCACUUAUUAUCGGGCAGAGAUGGAGCGUCAGUUCUUAUCGCUCCAGCAGGGCACUCGUACUGUUGAUGAGUACGAGAGAGAGUUUACUAGACUUGCAGCUUUCGUUCCGGACCUGGUUCGCACGGAGGCCCAGAGAGCACAGCGGUUCAUCGACGGGCUUUACCCAGCAGUCCGUCACAAUAUUGUAGGCCAUGGGACACAGACAUACGCUCGUGCAGUUUCUAUUGCCCAGGAGGUGGACGCCAGCAUCAGGAGGGAGGCGGUCCGUGAUCGUGCCCAGCCAUCCGCCCCAGUUCAGCCAUUCACAGCUCCACCAGCUCUACCAGCUGCUCAGCCGACGAAGGAGAAGAAGAGGAAGAGAAAGGGCGCACAGACUGACAGGAGGACCCGACAGAGACAGCAGCAGGUUCCACCGUGCCCGACUUGCAGACGACUUCAUCGGGGAGAGUGCCACAUGGGUCAGGACAUUUGCUACUACUGCCACGAGCCUGGACAUUUUGCGAGUCGCUGUCCGAAGAGACUUCAGCAGCAGCCCCAGCAGCCGCAGCAGCCGCCACAGCAGCAGCAGCCACGUCAGCAGGCGCAGAGGCCGCCUCAGCAGCAGCAGCAGAGGGGCAGACAGCAGGCCCGAGUCUAUGCGGUUGAUCAGGCCGAGGUAGCACAACAGCCAGGUACUAUGUCAGGGAUGAUUGUGCUUAAUGAUAUUCCUGUGUUUGCCUUGUUCGAUAUUGGAGCAACGCAUUCAUUCAUUUCACGACGAUAUCUUGAUGCCAUCGGAGUUCAUGCCAUUACCGCUGUCGAUCCUCUCGAGGUGAGUUUAGCCUCGGGACGAAAGAUAGUGACCUCAGCUAAAGCUUCAGACCUUAGCCUUUCCAUCGGUGGCCGAGUAUUGUCUACCGACGCGUUUGUUCUCGAGAUGAGGGACUUCAACCUUAUUCUCGGAAUGGAUUGGCUAUCCUUUUAUCAUGCAGAUAUCAGAUGUCAUGACCGGGAGAUCACUCUCUACCUUUCGAGAGACGAGUCGAGCACUUUCUUUGGCUCCAAGAAUCGUUCACUGCCUCAUAAAGCACGCUCACCUCACGAUGUUCCGGUUGUUCGUGAGUUUGUGGACGUGUUCCCAGACGAGCUUCCAGGAGGACCGCCUAACCGGCAGGUGGAGUUCUCUAUCGAUCUUAUUCCAGGAGCCAGUCCAGUAUCUAAAGCCCCAUACCGUAUGGCGCCAAAGGAGUUGCAGGAGCUUAAGGCGCAGAUUCAGGAGCUGUUACGACUCAGUUUCAUCCGACCGAGCGUGUCACCUUGGGGAGCACCCGUUCUCUUUGUCAAGAAGAAGGACGGAUCCAUGCGCAUGUGUAUCGACUACCGGGAUCUUAACCGGUUGACGAUCAAGAACAAGUAUCCGCUUCCCAGGAUCGACGACUUAUUUGAUCAGUUGAGGGGAGCCUGUGUGUUCUCAAAGAUUGAUUUACGAUCAGGCUACCAUCAGCUGAAGAUUACAGAAUCAGAUAUCGCUAAGACCGCUUUCAGGACUCGUUACGGCCAUUACGAGUUCGUCGUCAUGCCAUUCGGCCUCAGCAAUGCUCCAGCAGUUUUCAUGGACCUCAUGAAUCGUAUUUUCCAUCCCUACCUCGAUCAGUUCGUUAUUGUCUUUAUUGACGAUAUCCUUAUUUACUCGAAGAGCCAGAAGGAGCACGAGGAGCAUCUGAGGGUGGUUCUCGAAACCCUCAGACGAGAAAAGUUGUUUGCCAAAUUCUCCAGAUGCGAGUUCUGGCUCCAGCGAGUAUCUUUUCUGGGUCAUGUGAUUACUCAGGCAGGUAUCGAGGUGGAUCCUUCCAAGGUCUCAGCUGUUCAGAACUGGUCGACACCGAGGAGUCCGUCCGAGGUUCGCAGUUUUCUCGGUCUAGCUGGUUAUUACCGCAGGUUUAUAGAGGGCUUUUACAAGAUCGCCCUCCCUCUAUCCCAGCUGAGGAGGAAGUCUGUGAAGUUCGAGUGGACUGAUCGUUGUGAGGCGAGCUUUCAGGAGCUCAAGAAGAGAUUAACAUCAGCACCGGUGUUGACUAUUCCCGAUCUUUCUCGGAGUUUCACCAUCUUCAGUGAUGCUUCGAGACAGGGCUUGGGAUGCGUCCUUAUGCAGGAUAGCCAGGUCGUCGCGUAUGCUUCACGUCAGCUUAAGCCGCAUGAACAGAACUAUCUGACGCACGACUUGGAGUUAGCCGCAGUCGUUCAUGCUCUCAAGAUUUGGCGACACUAUCUUUACGGCGGUCAUUGUGAGAUUUUCACAGAUCAUAAGAGCCUGCAGUAUAUUUUUACUCAGAAGGAGCUCAACAUGAGACAGCGUCGUUGGUUAAAGCUCGUCAAGGAUUACGAUUGCUCUAUUCAGUAUCAUCCAGGAAAGGCGAACGUCGUCGUGGACGCCCUAAGCCGGAAGGUGAGGGGUGACUUGACGUACGUCAUUACUCA